UUAACUUUUAGCCUCUCACCCUCCAGCCUUUCUCCCUACAUAAUAACCACCAGUCCUCACUCUCUCUCAUCGCUCUGCUACUUUCCCGCCACUUUCUCACUCUCCUCUCUCUCUCUCUCUCUCUCUCUCUCCUCUGCAAAGCUUCAAGAUGUUGUGGGUCGACAAGUACCGCCCAAAAACCCUAGACAAGGUCUUGGUACACGAAGAUGUUGCCCAAAAUCUCAAGAAAUUGGUAGCAGAGCAAGAUUGUCCCCAUUUGUUGUUCUAUGGUCCUCCUGGUUCAGGCAAGAAAACCCUAAUCAUGGCCCUACUCAGACAGAUGUUCGGACCCGGUGCCGAGAAGGUUAAGGUAGAGAAUAAGACCUGGAAAGUCGAUGCUGGAAGUAGAACUAUUGAUUUAGAGCUUACAACAUUAGCAAGCACAUACCAUGUGGAACUCAAUCCCAGUGAUGCAGGGUUUCAGGAUAGAUAUAUUGUUCAAGAGAUAAUUAAAGAAAUGGCAAAGAACAGACCAAUAGACACGAAAGGGAAGAAAGGGUUCAAAGUAUUGGUGCUGAAUGAGGUUGAUAAACUCUCGAGAGAAGCUCAACAUUCUCUUCGACGAACAAUGGAGAAAUACAGUUCUUCAUGCAGGCUGAUUCUGUGUUGUAAUAGUUCUUCAAAGGUUACUGAAGCAGUCCGUUCUCGUUGUCUGAAUGUGCGGAUAAAUGCACCAACAGAGGAACAGAUUGUAAAAGUGUUGGAGUUUGUUGGCAAGAAAGAAGGGCUGCAAGUUCCAACUGGAUUUGCUGCCCGUAUAGCAGAAAAGUCAAAUCGGAGUUUAAGGAGAGCUAUUUUGGCGUUUGAGACUUGCCGUGUUCAACAGUAUCCUUUUACAAGUAACCAAGCCAUACCUCCAAUGGAUUGGGAGGAAUAUGUUUCUGAGAUAGCAUCAGACAUAAUGAAAGAGCAGAGCCCUAAAAGGCUCUUUCAGGUUCGUGGGAAGUUGUAUGAGCUACUCACUAAUUGCAUUCCUCCAGAGAUUGUAUUAAAGAGGUUGCUCUUUGAACUACUGAAGAAGUUAGAUGCUGAAUUAAAGCAUGAAGUGUGUCAUUGGGCUGCAUAUUAUGAACAUAGGAUGCGCCUUGGACAGAAAGCUAUCUUUCACAUUGAAGCAUUUGUAGCCAAGUUCAUGAGCAUUUAUAAGGGUUUCUUGAUUGCAACAUUUGGUUGAAGUGAAUUCUCUACAGGUUUGCUCUUUCUGAGUUGCCUUAUGCUUCACAUCAGAUGCACUAGACUGCUUACAAGAUGUCCUCUUGGCCAAUUCCUUGUCUUAAAUGAAUUUCCAUUCUGCAGUAUAGAGUGGUUGCUAGUUUAUGUAAAGACACUGCAUUGAUGCAGUGAGCAAAAGUCUUUAUAUUUUGUUUCCGGUUGACAUUGUUGUCCUUAGCUGUAUGUUGUCUCUCUUGAGCAUACUUUCGUAGCUGGAUUUUGAUCCUCACCAUAUUUGAGGGUGCAAAAUACAUCAUCGAAAUUCAAAAUUUAAGGGGUUUUGUCUAACAUUUUAAUUUCAAGUUUAAAAAUUAUGUUCUUACGAUUUAAAUUUAA